UUUCACGUUGAGACGCCAUCUUUCUCGCUUUCCUGGCUCGAACAGCGCUUUCUCACGGUCCACGUUAAAAAUUCCCAUGUUCUGGGUCAUUUCGAUCGCCAUCAUUGUUUGUUAGUAUAAGUUAGCUGUUCGGUCUUUUUAAUCUAUUCGAUUUUCAAACAUGGCCACGAACGGUGUUGCUGAUGCUCAGCCGAAAACCGAGGCUGAUACUGGUGCGGGCGAUGCUCCCGAACGUACUCCAGAUCACGUGAAAUUAAUAGACCAAGGAUUAAAUGUUGGGAUAGCUAAUAAACUCGACGAUAUUUUUAAGACCGCUAAAUUGACUUUCGCUGAUCUCGAUGAACGUGCCUUCGAAGCUUUGAAGGAAUUCCCAACUGACGGAGCUCUCGCCGUAUUAGCUCAGUUCGUAGAUUCCAAUUUAGAUCAUGUAUCGAAUAAGUCAGCCUAUUUGUGCGGUAUGAUGAAAACCUACCGCCAGAAACAAAAAACUUCCACGACGAGUGCUACUCCUAGUGCUCCCAAAGGACCAGAUGAAGAAAAAAUCAAGGCUAUUCUAGAUCGUACCGGAUACUCGUUAGAUGUGACUACUGGUCAACGUAAAUAUGGUGGUCCUCCUCCAGAUUGGGAAGGUUCCGAACCGGGCCCUGGUUGCGAAGUAUUUUGCGGUAAAAUUCCUAAAGAAGUUUUCGAAGACGAGUUAAUUCUGUUGUUCGAAAAGAGCGGCAAAAUUUACGAUCUUCGUUUGAUGAUGGACCCUAUGUCUGGAACUAACCGUGGAUAUGCAUUUGUUACUUAUACGACGAAAGAGGAAGCCGAACAAGCACACAAAGACCUUGACAAUUACGAAAUCAAACCUGGCAGAAAACUGAAAGUUAACAUUAGUGUCCCAAAUCUGCGUCUCUUUGUGGGCAACAUUCCUAAGUCAAAAGGCAAAGAUGAGAUUCUUGCGGAAUUUGGUAAAUUGACAGCUGGCCUAGCAAAUGCCAUUAUUUACAGUUCACCGGAUGACAGGAGAAAGAACCGUGGUUUCUGCUUUUUAGAAUAUGAAAGUCAUAAGGCCGCUUCGGUUGCCAAAAAGAAGCUUGGAUCGAGACCGAUUAGAGUCUGGAAUUGUGACAUUAUUGUUGACUGGGCUGAUCCCCAAGAAGAACCGGAUUCUGAAACUAUGGCUAAGGUUAAAGUUUUAUACGUAAGGAAUUUGAAACAAGAUUUUAACGAAGAUAAAAUCAAAGAAAUGUUCGAACCGUUCGGAGCUAUUUUACGUAUUAAGAAAUUGAAAGAUUACGCUUUUGUGCAUUUCGAAGAACGAGAACACGCCGUCAAUGCGAUGAACGAACUAAAUGGCAAAGAAGUUAGCGGAGUACCUAUCGAAAUUUCAUUGGCUAAACCACCAUCCGAUAAGAAAAAGAAAGAAGAAAUGCUCAGAGCCAGAGAAAAGAGAAUGAUGGCCAUGUUACAAGCUCGUGGACAACUACCUCCCCAAGGUAUCCCGUCUGGAAGAGGUAUGCGUGGAGGUAACGCGCGAGGAGCUCCUCCUCUGGUUGGACCAGGUGACUAUGAUUACGAUUACGACUAUUACGGAUAUGGCGACUACCGCGGAGGUUACAAUGAUUAUUACGAUGAUUAUUACGGAUACGAAGACUAUUACUACGAUUAUCCCCCUGCGCCGCUUCCAGCUGCUCGUGCUGGUGGACGGGUUAGGCCAGCGCAACCACCGGUUGGUCCUGGCCGUGGAGUCGCAACCCGUGGUCCUAUGGGCCGUGGCCCUAUGCAGGGGGGUCGAGCUGGACCGCCGCCGGCCGGACCCCGUGGCUUCUCGGGAGCGGGAACGCGGGGGGGCGCCCGGGGUUUAGGAAACACGAAAGGAAAUUUACCAAGUUUUGACGGUAUAGGUAAACGAAAGUUCGAUGGCGGUAAUCAGAAUCAAGGCGAUCCAAAAAGGCGAUACCAGAGCAAUUGGGGAAAUCAAUCGUCCGGCGCCGCGGGAGGCGUAAAUGGCGGAGCAGCGGAUGCCCAAUGGUAUCAGGACAGCUACAAUUCGACGUGGCAGUAAUAAAAAAUUUACUAAAUUUUAACGAAGUAUUGUAAUAAGAUUUUGAAAAAGGCGCGAUUUUUUUUCCUUUUGGUUUAUUUAUUAUUAUUAUUAUUUUUUUUUAAUUAUAAAGAAUUUUAAGAUGAAUUUGAAAACAAAAAAAAAGGAAUUUUUGAAAGCAACCGAGGAAAAAAAAUGAUGAUUAUAAGGUAAUUUUAUAAUAUUAUAUAAUACGAUAAUAUUUUAAAUCGAUUUAUUUUACUUUUUUAUGUUUCGGCGGGGGGAGAAAUUACUAAGGGGGGAAUAUUCGUGAAAUUUUUUCAGUCGUUCAUAUGAUUGUAAUACCGAGAAAUAGAACUAUCGAGCUGAAUCUACUCAGCAGCCUCGACUAUUUGCCCCUAUUGAUGUUUCUAUCUCAUGAAACACUGACAAAUUGGUCUCAUUUAGAACUCUUCGCAGCAAUCAGGGAUAUGUUUGUAUUGACAAAUCGAAUUUUGUUUUCGGGGCCAAGACUCGAGAAAAUUCAUCACAUUUGCGAAUUUUUUCCCUUCUGUUCGUUUGAAAAACGUCUUUUUCUCCGUCGAUAGUGUUUUCAAGUUGAAUAUUUUUAUUUAUCUAUUACCUACUCUAUUUUUGUUUUUUUUUUUUAAAUUUAUAUUGUUUAAACAGUCACACAAUGUGGUCGAAUUUCUCAGUAUAUUUAAAAAGAAUAAUAUAAUAAAAAUAUGCCAACUUAAUUUCAUCAUUUUUUUUUUAAAUUUUCGUAAUAUUACUGUACGAUAACGAGUUAUUUCCCUCCUCUUAUUCUGUACUUUUAUUUUUAUUAUUUUUUUAUCAUCUUAAUUUUUUUUUUGUCUUUUAAAAUCCUCAAAAAAAAGAAUUCACCGUUUCUUAUUAUUGUUCAGUAUCGUGACUACUGCUACGUAAAAAUUUUGGUGGCUGCCGCUGUUUCCGCGAAGAGAUUUGCGUGUGUGUUGUGUGUCGUGAAUGUUUUUUUAUAAUUUUUUAUUCAAUUUUUAUCAUUUAUUAAGUAAUCUAUUAUCAUUUUUGUCGAAAGAUGAAGAAUAUGUUGUGUUUGUUUGGAAUGAACGAUGCGACGAAUACGUAGGAAUUUUUUUUCUCCAAUUUUUACUUAUUCGUCGGGAGUAUGACGAGAAUUUCUUCAUAGUUUUUUAUUCGUUAGUUGGUUUUUUUUAAUCAACGAAAAUUUUCCCUUUUUUGAAUUCGAACACCAAUUACGUGUACCCGAAGAUAGGCGGCUCUUCGGAGGAGGGUAUUUUUGAGGAUUUCAGUAAUUUUUGUUUGUUUUCUUUCUCUCUCUCUUCUUUUUCAAUUUUAUUUGUACCGUUUUAAUAUUACGCAUUAUAUAAAUAUAAUUGUAUGUAAUUUUUUUUUAAAAGAAUAGUACAGGAGUGUUUGGCUCUCGAGUGUCGUGAUCUAAAUAAUAUUAUGUACUAAAGGAAAAAAAAACGUCGCUAUAUUUAUGUAUAAUUUUUGUAUUUCUUUUUUCGUCCCUCUCCCUAUCCCUGUACCGUAUAUAUGAGUAAUUUUCCCAAUGUAAAUUCUUUUACCUCCUCUCCUCUCUCUGUAUUUUUCAUUUAAAGUCACUAAGUGAAUUAUCAGAGACAUGAAUCGCAGUCAUUUUACGCUAACUCUCCUAACCAACCUGGUAUGUCGGUUUUUAUUUUUUUAUUUUUUGUUUGUGUUUUAAUUUUGAAAAAUAUCUAUCCGUUUUUCCUCUUCCACUUAUUUUGCGUGUACACAUGUGUAAAUUCAACAGCUCUGGAGACACCUUUUUCUCUGUUUUUUUUUAAUGAUGCAAUUUGCCUAGCAUUGAACCGCCGAUAUGAAAUCUUUUUAUUUUUUCUGUUUUUGUUUUCGUUUAAGAUUUUAGUAAGUAAUUAUUAUGGAAUGUUAUAGCAUGUGUUUCGUAUUUUUUUUUUUUUUUUUUAUCAUUUUUCCUAUACUAUUUUUUUUCUCUUCUCUUUUAUUUUCUUAUAUAUAUUUUUUUUUUCUUUCUUUGUACGUUAAGAGCUUUACAUAUGUUUUCGCAUCUUAGGUAAAAUGACUUAAUUUAAGUUUGAAUUUUGAACAAUAUUGAUAAAUUCUCAGCUUCAGCACUUAUACAAUAUUUAUAUACUGCCAGGUUACUGGUACGUUGGCAUUUAUUGGAUAAUAAUUAAUUACAGUAAUAGUUCGUAUCAUGUAUUGCAGUUUCUUUCAAUACAUAGUGUAACUCCGUGAA